UAAGAAGAAGAAGGAGGUUUAAAACGUAUUAUGUGUUUGUAAAUACUGUAAAUUUGAAAUAAAAUAAAUAAUUGAAUAAGUUAUGCCAAAAGUAGUGUCAAGGAGCAUUAUAUGCUCCGAUACGAAAGAUCAAGAAGAAUAUAGUGAGGAGAAACCGUUGCACAUUUAUUAUUGUAUAUGUGGCCAGAUGACACUAAUUUUAGAUUGUGGCAUUGAAAAAUUACCUUUAAGAAAAAGAGAUGGAGCAAGAGUAAUCGACGGCAGUAAGCAUGCCCACAAAAUGACUUCGGAACGAGACGAAAUUGUAUUUCUUAAGCGUCCAGAGGGAAUCGAAAAACAAUAUAGACAAAAGUGUAAAAAAUGUGGCUUAUUGCUGUAUUAUAAGCAUGAUCCAGGAGCAAAUAUAGUAUUUAUAGUAAAAGAUUCGGUAAUAAAAAGUUCUGGGGAGGGUCCUAUGACAGACAUUUAUAAUCAAGUGGCCAUUGAGAAACCUAAAAAGAUAAUGGUUACAAAGCACACCAAAAAUAUGGGCAAAUUCAGUUCGGUUACUGUAUCCACGAUUGAUGAAGAAGAGGAUGAAAUAGAAGCUAGAGAAGUCGCCGACUCCUACGCGAACAACGCACGUAUCAUAGAAAAACAAUUGGAGAGAAAAGGUAUGAAUAAACGAAAAACCAUACCAUCCACUGAAAUAGAUUCAAAGCGAGCAAGACCUAGAGGAACGUUGUUGGACGUUUGAUUUUCUAUCAAGAAUCAAUUGUAAUUAUGUACAUUAAUGUACUGUCUUAGGGUUAAAAAUAAAUUAAUUUUCUUACAUGUUAUGCUUGGACAAAAAGAUUGUAACACUUUCAAUAAAUUGGAGAAUGCA